GCCAUGAAAGAGCAGUGGUCGCCAACUUGGUAGCCGUGGAUCAUCGGGACGAAGAACUCCACGGCCUUGGCGGUCAUGCCGCCGUGGCUGCAAGCGCUUUCACAUCAGCGACGCCGUGCCACCUGAUGAGUACCGCCACCUCGGGCAGGCACGGCUGCGCGGCAGAGGCGGUGGCAAUAUUCCACCGGAUGCUGGAGCUGCUGUGCGUCGCUCUCGUGGACGCAACUGUGGAUGUUUCAAGCUCGAGCAGGCUCUCAGCAGCAAGAUAUGGAAAAAUAUAUCUGUCUUUAUCUGGUGUCGAAGCGAGCUUGAGGAAUACAGCGGACGUUUUGGAUAACACGGCCCUUGAGAGUGCUCUGAAUGCUCAAUUUCUUUUCCAAAUCGGUGUUCUUACGGCAGUACCUAUGAUUAUGGGGCUUGUAUUAGAACAGGGGGUGCUUAAGGCAAUCAUCAGUUUUAUCACAAUGCAAUUGCAACUGUGCUCCGUGUUCUUUACGUUUUCUCUCGGAACGAAAAGUCAUUAUUUUGGUAGAACAAUUCUGCAUGGCGGUGCCAAGUAUCGGGCUACCGGAAGAGGUUUCGUGGUUCGGCACAUUCCAUUCGCUGAAAACUAUCGGCUUUAUUCUCGCAGUCAUUUUGUAAAAGGCCUGGAAGUCGUUAUGCUUUUGAUUGUAUACAUGGCUUAUGGUGUUUCAAGUGGAACCAGCUACUUUCUCUUGUCGUUUAGCAGUUGGUUUCUGGCCAUUUCGUGGAUGUAUGCUCCCUACUUGUUCAAUCCGUCCGGCUUCGAAUGGCAAAAAACUGUGGACGACUUCGAUGACUGGACGAACUGGCUUUUGUAUAAAGGUGGAGUCGGAGUGAAAGGAGAAGAGAGCUGGGAAGCAUGGUGGGAUGAAGAGCAAGAGCACAUUCGCACGUUCAGAUCCAGGAUCUUGGAAACAAUCCUCAGCUUGCGUUUCUUCAUUUUCCAGUACGGUGUCGUCUAUAAGCUCCAUGUUACCGGAACUAGCACGUCCUUGACGGCUUAUGGCGUCUCUUGGGUGGUAUUUGCGGCAUUCAUACUCUUGUUCAAGAUUUUCAGCUUGAGCCAGAAGACAGCAACAAACAUCCAGUUGUUUCUCCGGCUAAUGCAAGGCGUGAUUUUCAUCCUUCUCCUCGGCGGCUUAAUCGCCGCUAUCAUCGCGUCGACGCUUACAGUGGGAGACAUCUUUGCUUCCGCCUUGGCCCUCCUUCCAACCGGAUGGGGAAUCCUCUCGAUUGCUAUUGCCUGGAGACCGGUCAUCAAGUUCUUGGGCCUGUGGAAAUCGAUGCGUUCUUUGGCUCGUCUCUACGACGCUGGGAUGGGAACCGUGAUCUUCGUCCCUGUCGCCAUUCUCUCGUGGUUCCCGUUCGUGUCUACCUUCCAGAGCCGGCUCCUCUUCAACCAAGCUUUCAGUCGGGGCCUGGAAAUCUCUUUGAUCCUUGCCGGCAAUCGCCCCAACACAUCGACGUAGAGCGCUGCCAUUCUUUUCUUUUGUUUCUGGGUUUUGUAACAACAGAUAAUCGCGAUAGGAAAAUUUAAAUUCAAAACAACGAAUAUGCCAAAUCGAAUAUGCCGCAGUAAGGUAUAUUCUAGAAUAA